AAUUUUCCUUGACUUUGGGUAUCCCACUGUUAUGCACCAUUAGUCAUUUGGUGGUUAGAUUCCUGGUUUCGACUUCAAACUGACAGGGAUCUCGGGAUUCUGCAAACGUUGAUUAAUACCACACUGUGAUUGCACAAUGUAAUUUCUUUUGAAUAAUGGCACCAUCCAUCCACAUUGCCUCCCUAUAAAAUCUCGCUUUCACCAUAUUAUUUUGUCUGCCACUGCACAUGAAAUUUACUGGGAAAGUGAAAGCACCCUGGCAUAUAAAGUAGCAUACAAUGGGAACACUUGAGUAAAAGCACAAGUACCUCAACUUUAUACUUGAGUACAGCAAUUCAUCUUUUUACAGAGAGGAAUGUUGCCACCGGUUCAGUGCUCUGGUAUCAUCCACUAUCCUGUGUUUGAUUACUGGAAUCUGUAUGGGAAGCAGAAGAUGAUAUUGUUGUAUCUGUAGUAUUGAACCAUUUCUGAAAUCAUGCAAUUAGCAUUUUUCACACAUUUUAGCAUGCAGCAGUUAAACACACACAACAGGGAAAAUGUGACUGUACAAUGUGAAAUACAUUCCAAGUGUAAUCAGGCCAUUGCUUUGGCAGAGGGGGUUAGUCCAUGCCUCGAUAACAAUAAUAGUGGAUAAAUGAUCCUUUGGAGGAAGUUUCUUGGCACUUUCCAGAAGCUGAACACCUCACGUACGAAAGCCUUUCAGUAGUGUUACAUUACAUGAUGAUAAUCUCCGUUAUCCUCUGUUGACCAUGUGUAAGUGUUUAGCGGACAAGGAAUGAAGCUGGGUCCAUUAAAUUCUGACCUAUUUAAAACUGAUAAAAGAACAGGCUAAUGUCACUUUGCCAGCUUUCUGCAUAUAAAGCCCUGCAGUCUGAAAGGGAUGAGUGAAAAGAACAGCAUCACCAGGUAGAUAUUUUACUAUGUGGACAUGGACCUUUAUUUUUAAUGCAUACGCACAUUUGCAAAUUCAUAUUUCCGAUUUAAAUCACAUAUCAUUUAGUGUUUUAUUUUAAUUGUUAAAACAUGUAAUUCAUUAGGUUUGGUAAGCAGAUCUGAAUAUUAUGGGAAAAUGGCGCAUCACAUGUGGUCUGUGCUGCUUUUCGGAAUGAUAAGCAUGGUGACUUCCCAGAGUUCAGGACCCCUCUACCCAAUAAAUGGAACCGCAAACCCACGAUCUGAUGAUGAUAAUGCUCCUCUAGUAGCCUUGCAACAUCCUUUUCUCUACUUUGGACGAACAUAUGAACAGAUUUUCGUCAACCAGAACGGACAUCUUACAUUUGACAGGCCGUGGGAGUUAUUCAGACCUAUAAGGUUCCCAUUACAUAGAGACAGAGACAUCAUCGCUCCAUUUUGGACGGAUCUGGACAACAGACUAAGUGGACAUGUCUUCUACAAUCAAUACACCAGUGGCAGUGUCCUUCAACAAGCUACACAGGACAUUAAUAAUUAUUUCCCAGGCCUGAUGUUUAAAGCUACCUGGGUCUUUGUUGCAACAUGGCAUGAGGUGGCGUACUAUAAAUUUUUAGGAACACACGCAACUGCCCAAGCGGUCCUGAUCUCUGGUGAAGAGCUGUCAUUUGUGCUAAUGAACUAUGGGAGUAUAGACCCCGCACCAUUCAGAGUGCAGGCUGGAUAUGAUACAAUCAACUCCACACACCAUUUCUCCAUCCCUGGAUCAUUCACUGACACUGCAACAGGCCGUAACUCAACGUUCCGCUUGGGCAGCAAUGUCAAUAUCCCCGGUCGAUGGGCUUUCCGGACAGACAACGGACAAAGAGGCUGCUAUUUCAAUGGUCAACAUGUGCAGCUGGGUGAUUCAUUCUGGAGCGACAGCACCUGUGCACAGAAGUGCACCUGCACCUCAGUGGGCCUGCAGUGUCAAAACCAACCCUGCUCAUUUUCCCAAAUCUGCCGGCCAAGCCCCUCUCAGUUCUCCUGUCAGACGGUGCAGAGAGGAACUUGCACCAUAAGUGGUGAUCCACAUUACUAUACCUUUGAUGGCACAGUGUUUCACUUCCAGGGCACCUGCACUUACGUUCUCUCUGAGCAAUGUGGUCUAGGCCUGCCGUACUAUAGAGUCGAGGGCGAGAACGAGCACCGGGGCAGCACUCAUGUUUCCUGGACACGACUGGUCAAAGUGUAUGUCUAUAAUGAAACCAUUGAGCUUGUCAAGGGACGUCGUGGUGUAGCUAAGGUAAAUGGAAACUUUGCAGCCACUCCGUUUUAUCUCAACAACGGCACCGUCCAGGUUUAUGAGUCAGGUUUUUCUGUGAUUGUCAGCACUGUCUUUGGCUUGGAGGUAUCCUAUGACACAAAUCACUAUGUCAGGAUCAGUGUGCCCUACGCCUAUCGGAAUGCAACAUGUGGCCUCUGUGGAAACUUCAAUGGUAUUCGUCAGGAUGACUUCCGAACCCGUCAGGGCCAGGUUGUGAGUUCUGAUAUGGUUUUUGCCAACAGCUGGCAAGCAACAGGGAACAAUAAGACUGUUUGUGGGGCCAAAUGUGGAGGUCUGGCCUGUGCUGCUUGCACUGCAGAUCAGACAGCUUUAUACAGCAAUGCUGACCAUUGUGGAAUCCUCCAGAGUGCUGCUGGACCUUUUGCUGCUUGCCAUCAACUACUCUCCCCAAAGCCUUUUGUGGAGAGCUGUGUGUUUGAUCUGUGUGUAGGAGAAGGGUACCAGCCCAUCCUGUGUCAAGCCCUAAAUGUGUAUGCAAGCCAGUGUCAACAGAAUGGUGUACAGCUACCAAGCUGGAGGAGACAAAGCUUCUGUGAAAUCCCCUGUCCAGCCAACAGCCACUUUGAGCCUCAGGGCACAGGAUGUCCAGCUACCUGUGUUAACCCCAAUUCUACCCAGAACUGCCCUCUCCCUGCCCAGGAGAGCUGCAUCUGCAAUUCCGGAUUCAUUCUUAGUGCUGGGGUGUGUGUCCCUCAGUCAGAGUGUGGCUGCAGAUUUGAGGGUCGCUACUACCGCUCUGGAGAAACUGUAAUACUAGACGAAGACUGUGGAAGACGCUGUAGCUGCAGUCAUGGCUCCAUGACCUGUCGCUCCCAUGGUUGUGGUCCACUUGAAUCAUGCAAAGUGGAGGAAGGAGAAAGAGGUUGCAGACCCAAUAGCUAUGCAACAUGCUGGAUCAGCGGCCCAACAUCAUAUCAAACGUUUGAUGGACUGACAUACCAGUAUCCUGGGGCAUGUCGCAUUACUCUUGUCAAUGUAACAGGUAUGUCAAGGCACCCCCACUUUGAUGUGACAAUAGAAAAAACACCCAGAGGCCAGCAGGGUUUUGCCCGUGUGCUGAAGUUUAAGGCAGAGGGGACAAACGUGUCGAUUGAGAUAGGAAGCAGCAGCAAUGUACAGGUUGACGGUCAGCGAAUCGGACUACCAUUCAGCUCACCGUCCAGUCAAAUCAAAAUCUACCAAAGCAGCGUUCACAGUAUCAUCCUUCGCACUUCCUUUGGUGUAACUGUGAAGAUAAUGUGGCCUUACUCUGUGCAUGUCACUGCACCUGGUAUCUACAAUGGAUCACUGGGUGGACUCUGCGGUAACAAUAAUGGUCAACCAAAUGAUGAUUUUCGUACACCAAAUGGCACCCUGGUCAUGAGCUCUCAGCGCUUUGGAGACAGCUGGAGAAGUGGCUCCCUCUCUGCACGAUGUGUGGAAAAUGGAAAUGACAGCACUACAGUGAACAAUACUCAACAAACCUGCCCGCCAAACAGCCAUUAUGAAUCCUGUGGAACCGCUUGUCCUCCCACCUGCUUUUAUAUUCCCGGCAUCUGUGCUGCUGUGUGUCAAAAGGGUUGCCAGUGUAAUGAUGGUUUUGUCCUCAAUGGCAACAAGUGUGUGCCACAAUCAGCCUGUGGAUGCUCUUACCAGGGACGCUAUCUGCAAAGUGGCGAACAGUUCUGGGAUGGUGAGGAGUGCCACAGCUUGUGUAGCUGUAAUGGUACCACUGGGGCAGUCCAUUGUAUGCCUGACUUCUGUGGUCCUCAGGAGUCCUGCCGUGUGGUGAAUGGUGAGCUUGGGUGCCACCCCAAGCCACAUGGCACCUGCUCUGCCUCUGGAGACCCCCACUACCUCACCUUUGAUGGCAAGGCCUAUGACUUCCAGGGAACCUGCCGCUACGUUCUGGCAAAACUUUGUAAAACCACUGAUGGUCUUCACCAAUUUUCAGUGGAGGCAAAGAAUGAGCCGUGGCAUGGGUUGCCAGUGUCAAUCACAGCUGAAGUUUUUGUGAAUGUGUGGGGCUACCAAGUUCGAAUGUCAAGCGGCAGCAUUGGAAUGGUGGAGGUGAAUGGGGUAACUAAACACUUACCUAUCCACUUGAAUGGAAGUCAUGUGUAUAUCCAUAAUAGAGGAUAUCAAACAUUUGUUGUUGCGGAUUUUGGUCUGGAAGUAACGUAUGAUGGAUGGAAAGCUACUAUCUCUGUACCUUCAAGUUACAGCGGAAAAACAUGCGGUCUCUGUGGAAACUUUAAUGGAAAUCAAAAUGAUGAGUUCCAGACCCCGUCUGGAAUGAGGGUCUCCACUCCAGAUGAGUUUGGGACAUCUUGGAAGGUGGCAGGAAACUACACCUGUAGUGAUGGGUGUGGUUCCUCCUGUCCACAAUGUACCAAUGAGCUUCCAGCUAGAGCUCAGUGUGAGGUGAUUCAAGCAGCUGACAGCCCCUUCAGCUUCUGCCAUGAGCAGGUGGACCCAGCACCAUAUUUCAAUGACUGUGUGUUUGAUGUUUGUGUGUCUGGAAAUCGUGGCCAAGAUCUUCUGUGCAGGGACAUCCAGGCAUAUGUCAGUGCCUGUCAAUCUGCUAAUGUUCGAAUCUACCCUUGGAGGCAGAACACAACCUGCAGACUUGACUGUCCAGCCAACAGCCAUUAUGAACUCUGUGGUACUGACUGUGGCCACACCUGUGCCAACAGCAAUGAUACCAUGUGUGAGCAGGUCUGCUCUGAGGGAUGUUUCUGUGAUGGAGGCUUCAUCAGGAGUGGGACAGGCUGCGUCCCAGUGGAAAGAUGUGGCUGCCAACAUGCUGGCUUCUACUAUGAAGCUGGUGAGUCGUUCUGGACAGAGGGAUGCUCCCAGCGAUGUGAGUGCCACGCUCCCAGUGACCUGCGCUGCUCUACCGCAUCCUGCACUUCUAAACAGGAGUGCACCAUCAGAAAUGGCCAGUUGGGCUGUUUUGAUGCAAUGUCUACAUGCACUGUGUGGGGGGACCCACACUACAUCACCUUUGAUGGGGCAGUGGCUCACUUCCAGGGCACAUGCUCUUACAUCAUUACUGAGAGUGUGAGCCAAGGCUCAAAUGAGACACAGUUUCAGGUAAUAGCCACCAAUAAUCACCGUGGCAACAACCGUGUGUCGUUUGUAUCAGCAGUGGAUAUAUACCUCUCAGAUCCACCAGAGAGUGCAUACAUCAGGCUUGGACCCAACAAAAGAGUACAGGUGAAUGGAAGUGAUGUGUCUCUUCCCACCACUGCAGGAAGCUUAGCUCAUGUAGAAAUGCAGGAUGGCUACAUGGUCGUCAAAGCCACUGACUUGAUCGUCCAGUUUGACGGCCAGAGUACUUUACUGGUCAGACUGCACCAAAACCAUCAAAACAGAGUCACAGGGAUGUGUGGAAACUUCAACAACGACCCAGCAGAUGAUAAAGUCUUGCCCAAUGGCACAGCAGCUCAAAAUGACAAUGACUUUGGACGCAGCUGGAAGGCGCCCACAAGCCAACCAGGAUGUGGAUCCACAGAUGAUUAUGGACCGAACGACUGUCCCUUCAUGAGCAAAUACUCUGAACUCUGUAGUGUCAUCACCAACACCAGCGGUCCAUUCAGUGACUGUCACCUGCACUCUGACCCUCAACCUUUUUUCACCUCCUGCGUCUACGAUCUCUGCCUCUACACUCCAGCCAAUGGCAUGCUGUGCUCUGCCGUCGCAGCCUAUGAGAGAACCUGCUCUGUUUUGGGGCUGAACAUCACAGACUGGCGCUCAGCUCUGCAGUGUGCUGAGUCAGACCCCUGCGAACAGCUGAACUGCACAGAGUACGAGUGGUGUGGUGAAAAAGACGGUGUUUAUGGCUGCUUCUGUGAUGAGCACUAUUCUCGGCCCAACAACGAGAGCUGUGACUCAUCCAUCACUUGUGCCAGUAGUUCAGGCACAAUAUCCCUGUCACGCUGCCAGCUGUUUGAAGCUGGCUUCCAGCCUGGUGCCCUUCACCUCAAAGACAACUCCUGUAAGGGCACUCUUCAGGACGGACGGCUGGUGUUCCACUUUAACAAUGACGACAAGCUGUGUGGAACAGUUCUCAGGAGCAAUGGGACCCACUUCCGCUAUGAGAACUCCAUCCAGAGCGAUGAAGGUGCAAAUAUUCACCUGGUGUUCAGCUGUGUAUACCCUCUGAGUCAGGCCCUGUCUAUGGAUAUAGGCAUCAACCCUGUGGAGAGCUUUGUGAGGAAGAGGCUUCCUUCUGGCCAGGGUCACUAUCAUUUCAGAAUGACCCCCUACCACGACGCUGGCUUCCACUCCCCCUCGACCAGUAAGAUGAACGCAGAAAUGGAAAUUGACGAGAGGUUGUAUGUGGAAGUGCGAGCAGAGGGAGUGGAUGAACGACAGCUCUCCACCGUUCUGGACUCUUGUUGGGCCACACCGGUCAACAAUGCCAGCUGGCCUGUCCGCCAGGAUCUCAUUAGUGCAGAGUGUCCUAAUCCAGCAGAUGAUACAGUACAGGUGAUCCAGAAUGGCAAUUCCACGGCGGCCAGAUUCUCCUUCGAGAUUUUCUCCUUUGACAGUUUCCCAUCUGUCUACCUGCACUGCCAGGCCCACCUGUGUCUUCUGAGCAGCAAUGACUGCACAGUUGUUUGCCACCAUGGUCACCACAGAGUUCAGAGAGACGUUGUCUUCCAUGAAACUGUCAUGCUCUCACUUGGACCUCUGACGGUCAUGCCGAGUGGAUACACAGAAUGCCAUUCUGGUUUUGUUACUGUGUUUUAUUUUGUUUUAUCCGGGAACUUAUUUUGUUAUAUUUUGUCAGCAGGUUUGAAUUGUAAGCCUUUGAGAAUGGCCAGUCAAGUCUUGUUGCCUGUGCUGCUUUUGGGUGUGAUAGGUACGGUGACUUCUCAGACUCAAGGACACCUCUACCCAAUAGCUGGAACAACAAGCUCAAGAUCAGAUGAUGGAAGUUCUCCUCAGAUCUCCCUGCAGCGACCGUUUGUUUAUUUUGGACAGUCGUAUAAUCAAAUUUACGUGAACCACAAUGGACACCUGACCUUUGACAGCCCAUGGAGUAGUUACAGACCUCAAAGCUUUCCAUUGUAUGGCUCCAGAAACGUCAUUGCUCCACUGUGGACAGAUUUAGACAACAGAGGAAAUGGUCAGGUCUUCUACAACCAAUACACCAGCGGCAGCAUUCUCCAACAAGCCACACAAGACAUUAAUGGGUACUUCCCAGGGUUGAACUUCAAUGCCAACUGGGUCUUUGUUGCAACAUGGUAUGAAGUGGCGUACUAUUCAUACUCUGGGACACAAACAACGGUCCAAGCAGUCUUGAUCUCUGGUGGCCAGUACUCAUUCCUGCUGAUGAACUAUGGGACAAUAGCCUUAACUGUCCACCAAGUGCAGGCUGGAUAUGACACAGUCAACUCUGUUCACCAUUUCUCAAUCCCUGGAUCGUUCUCAAGCACUGCUACAGGCAAUAACUCAACAUUCCGCCUAACCAGCAAUGUCAAUGUACCCGGUCGCUGGGCUUUCCGAAUAGAUCAUGGACAAAGAGGAUGCACCUUUAAUGGUCAAAACUUGCAGCUGGGUGAUUCAUUCUGGAGCGACAGCACCUGUGCACAGAAGUGCACCUGCACCUCAGAGGGCCUGCAGUGUCAAAACCAACCCUGCUCAUUUUCCCAAAUCUGCCAGCCAAGUGCCUUUCAGUUCUCCUGUCAGACGGUGCAGAGAGGCACCUGCACCAUAAGUGGUGAUCCACAUUACUAUACCUUUGAUGGCACAGUGUUUCACUUCCAGGGCACCUGCACUUACGUCCUCUCAGAGCAAUGUGGUCUAGGCCUGCCGUACUAUAGAGUAGAAGGCAAGAACGAGCACCGGGGCAGCACUCAUGUUUCCUGGACACGACUGGUCAAAGUGUACGUCUACAAUGAAACCAUUGAGCUUGUCAAGGGACGUCGUGGUGUAGCUAAGGUUAAUGGCAACUUUGCAGCUACUCCAAUCUCCCUAAGCAAUGGAACUGUCCAGGUGUAUGAGUCAGGUUUUUCUGUAAUCGUCAGCACUGUCUUUGGCUUGGAGGUAUCCUAUGACACAAAUCACUAUGUCAGGAUCAGUGUGCCCUACGCCUAUCAGAAUGCAACAUGUGGCCUCUGUGGAAACUUCAAUGGUAUUCGUCAGGAUGACUUCCGAACCCGUCAGGGUGAGGUUGUGAGUUCCGAUGUGGUUUUUGCCAACAGUUGGCAAGCAACAGGGGAUGAUGAGCCUGGUUGUGGGAUCAGAUGUGGAGGUCUGGCCUGUGCUGCCUGCACUGCAGAUCAGACAGCUUUAUACAGCAAUGCUGACCAUUGUGGAAUCCUCCAGAGUGUUGCUGGACCUUUUGCUGCUUGCCAUCAACUACUCCCCCCACAGUCUUUUGUGGAGAACUGUGUGUUUGAUCUGUGUGUAGCAAGAGGGUACCAGCCCAUCCUGUGUCAAGCCCUAAAUGUGUAUGCAAGUCAGUGUCAACAGAAUGGUGUACAGCUACCAAGCUGGAGGAGACAAGGCUUCUGUGAAAUCCCCUGUCCAGCCAACAGCCACUUUGAGCCUCAGGGCACAGGAUGUCCAGCUACCUGUGUUAACCCCAAUUCUACCCAGAACUGCCCUCUCCCUGACCAGGAGAGCUGCAUUUGUAAUGCGGGCUACACCCUUAGUGCUGGGGUGUGUGUCCCUCAGUCAGAGUGUGGCUGCAGCUUCGAGGGUCGCUACUACCGCUCUGGAGAAACUGUAAUACUAGACGAAGACUGUGGAAGACGCUGUAGCUGCAGUCAUGGCUCCAUGACCUGUCGCUCCCAUGGUUGUGGUCCGCUUGAAUCAUGCAAAGUGGAGGAAGGAGAAAGAGGUUGCAGACCCAACAGCUAUGCAUCAUGCUGGAUCAGAGGCCCAGGGUCAUAUCAAACAUUUGAUGGACUGACAUACCAGUAUCCUGGGGCAUGUCGAUUGACCCUUGCCAAAGUGAUGGGAUUGUCUGGUCACCCACACUUUAUGGUAUCCACAGAAAAAGUGCCCAGAGGUCAGCAGGGUUUCGCCCGGUUGCUAAAGUUUGAGGCAGAGGGAACACACGUGUCAAUUGAGAUGACAGGCGGCAGCAACGUUGAGGUUGACGGUCAGCGGAUCAGACUACCCUUCAGUUCAGCCUCCAAUCGAAUCCAAAUCUACCACAGUAGCAUACACGGUAUCAUCCUUCGCACCUCUUUUGGUGUAACUGUGCAGACAGUUUGGCCUCACUUUGUGCGUGUCACUGCACCUGGUAUCUACAAUGGCUCUCUAGGUGGUCUCUGUGGUAAUUACAAUGGUCACCCACAUGAUGACUUCCGCACACCCAACGGCAUCCUGGUCAACAGCUCUCAGGUGUUUGGGGACAGUUGGCGAGAUGGCUCCCUGGCUGCACACUGUGUGGAAAGUGUAAAUAAUAAUUCAACCACAAAUUACAAUUCUAGUGAGUACUGUGGCAUUCUUGGCUCUCCGCAUGGGCCAUUUGUCCCGUGUUGGGCCACUGUGGACCCACAGCAGCAUGUGGAUACAUGUGUGGAGAUCAUUAGGACCUCUAGAGAUCCAGCAUCAACACUAUGCGAGGUCCUUCGAGAUUAUGCACUCAUGUGUCAACAGAACGGUGUUUCCCUGGGACAGUGGAGGAAUGCGACUGACUGUGAGCAAACCUGCCCAGUAAACAGCCACUAUCAACUCUGUGGAACCACCUGUCCUUCUGCCUGCCCCAGCCUUUCCUUUCCUUUCACUUGUGACACUGUGUGUCAGGAAGGUUGCCAGUGUAAUGAUGGCUUCGUACUCAAUGGCAACCAGUGUGUGCCACCAACAGCCUGCGGAUGCUAUCACCAAGGACGCUAUCGGGAAGGUGGUGAACAGUUCUUGGAUGGUGAGGAAUGUCAGAGUCUGUGUAGCUGUGAUGGUACCACUGGGGUAGUCCACUGCAUCCCCAACUCCUGUGGUCCCCAGGAGUCCUGCCGUGUGGUGGAGGGUGAGUAUGGCUGCCAUCCCAACCGUCAUGGCACCUGCUCUGCCUCUGGAGACCCCCACUACCUCACCUUUGAUGGCAAGGCCUAUGACUUCCAGGGAACCUGCCGCUACAUUCUGGCAAAACUUUGUAACACCACUAAUGGUCUCCACCAAUUUUCAUUGGAGGCAAAGAAUGAGCCAUGGAAUGGGUUCCCAGUUUCAAUCACAGCUGAGGUUUAUGUGAAUGUGUGGGGCUACCGAGUUCAAAUGUCAAGGGGCAGCAGUGGUGUGGUGGAGGUAAAUGGAAUCACUCAAAAUUUACCAGUCCUCUUGAAUGGAGGUCGUGUGUCUGUCUUUGCAAGUGGAUCUCGCACAUUUGUCAGUACUGAUUUUGGACUGAGUGUCACCUACGAUGGAUCGUCAACAGUGUCUAUCUCUGUGCCUUCAAAUUACAGUGGUCAGACCUGUGGACUUUGUGGAAACUUCAAUGGAAAUCAAAAUGAUGAGUUCCAGACCCCAUCUGGAAUGACGGUCUCCACUCCAGAUGAGUUUGGGACAUCUUGGAAGGUGGCAGGAAACUACACCUGUAGUGAUGGGUGUGGUUCCUCCUGUCCACAAUGCACCAAUGACCUUCCUGCUAGAGCUCAGUGUGAGGUGAUUCAAGCAGCUGACAGCCCCUUCAGCUUCUGCCAUGAGCAGGUGGACCCAGCACCAUAUUUCAAUGACUGUGUGUUUGAUGUUUGUGUGUCUGGAAAUCGUGGCCAAGAUCUUCUGUGCAGGGCCAUUCAGGCAUAUGUCAGUGCCUGUCAAUCUGCUAAUGUUCGAAUCUACCCUUGGAGGCAGAACACAACCUGCAGACUUGACUGUCCAGCCAACAGCCAUUAUGAGCUGUGUGGUACUGACUGUGGCCACACCUGUGCCAGCAGCAUUGAUGCCACCUGUGAGCAGGUCUGCUCUGAGGGAUGUUUCUGUGACGAAGGCUUUGUCAGGAGUGGGACAAGCUGUGUCCCUGUUGAAAGAUGUGGCUGCCUAUACGAUGGAUACUACUACAAUGCCGGUGAGUCGUUCUGGACAGAGGGAUGCUCCCAGCGAUGUGAGUGCCACGCUCCCAAUGACCUGCGCUGCUCUGCUGUGUCUUGCACUCCUGAACAGGAGUGCACCAUCAGAAAUGGCCAGUUGGGCUGUUUUGAUGCAAUGUCUACAUGCACUGUGUGGGGGGACCCACACUAUAUCACCUUUGACGGGGCAGUGGCUCACUUCCAGGGCACAUGCUCUUACAUCAUUACUGAGAGUGUGAGCCAAGGCUCAAAUGAGACACAGUUUCAGGUAAUAGCCACCAAUAAUCACCGUGGCAACAACCGUGUGUCGUUUGUAUCAGCAGUGGAUAUAUACAUCGGAACUCGAACAGAGCAAGCACACAUCAGGGUUGGACCAAACAAAAGAGUAAAGGUGAAUGGAAGUGAUGUGUCUCUUCCCACCACUGCAGGAAGCUCUGGUCAGGUAGAAAGGCAGGGAAGCUACAUAGUGGUCAAAGCCACUGACUUGACAGUCCAGUUUGAUGGCCAGAGCACUUUACUGGUCAGACUGCACCAAAACCAUCAAAACAGAGUCACAGGGAUGUGUGGAAACUUCAACAAUGAUCCAGCAGAUGAUAAAGUCUUGCCCAAUGGCACAUCAGCACAAAAUGACAAUGACUUUGGACGCAGCUGGAAGGCGCCCACAAGCCAACCAGGAUGUGGAUCCACAGAUGAUAACAGAGGCGAUGGGCUGAACGACUGUCCCUUUAUGAGCGAAUACUCUGAGCUCUGUAGUGUCAUCACCAACACCAGCGGUCCAUUCAGUGACUGUCAUCUGCACUCUGACCCUCAGCCUUUUUUCACCUCCUGCAUCUACGAUCUCUGCCUCUACACUCCAGCCAAUGGCAUGCUGUGCUCUGCCGUCGCAGCCUAUGAGAGAACCUGCUCUGUUUUGGGGCUAAACAUCACAGAUUGGCGCUCAGCUCUGCAGUGUGCUGAGUCAGACCCCUGUGAACAGCUCAACUGCACAGAGUAUGAAUGGUGUGGUGAGAAAGACGGUGUUUACGGCUGCUUCUGUGAUGAGCACCACCACCGACCCAACAAUGAAAGCUAUGACUCGUCCAUCACUUGUGUCAGUAGUUCAGGCACCAUGUCAGUGUCGCGCUGCCAGCUGUUUGAAGCUGGCUUCCACCUUGGUGCCCUUCAUCUCCGGGACGACUCCUGCAACGGCACUCUUCAGGACGGACGACUGAUCUUCCACUUCAACAAUGAAGACCAGCUGUGCGGAACAGUUCUCAAGAGCAACGGAACCCAUUUCAUGUACGAGAACACCAUCCAAGGUGACGUGGAUCCCCAUCAAGGUCUAAUCAGCCGCCAGAGGAACAUUCAUCUGCGUUUCUGCUGUGAAUACCCUCUGACCCAGGCCCUGUCUAUGGCUAUCGGCAUCAACCCUGUAGAGAGCAUCGUGAGGAAGAAGCUUCCUUCUGGCCUUGGACAGUAUCACAUGAGAAUGAUCCCCUACCAGGAUGCUGGCUUCCGCUUCCCACUGACCAGUAAUGGGAACAUAGACAUGGAAAUUGACCAGAAGUUGUAUGUGGAGGUGCGGACAGAAGGAGUUGAUGCACAGCAGAUCUCCACCAUUCUGGACUCCUGUUGGGCCACGCCAGUCAAUUAUGCAGGCUACCCUGUCCGCUGGGAUCUCAUUACUGAGGAGUGUCCUAAUCCUGCAGAUGCUACAGUUGAGCUGAUCCAGAACGGCAUCUCCACCGCGGCCCGAUUCUCUUUCAGAAUGUUCACCUUCACCAACUUCUCAACCCUCUACCUGCACUGCCAGGUCCACCUGUGUCUCUUGAGAAACAACAACUGCUCAGCUCACUGUUACCCAGGUCACCUCAGGCGAGUUGUGAGGGCUGUAUCCUCCUACCACGCCACCACGGACAUCUCGCUGGGACCACUAGUCCUUCAGCAACAUAACACGGAAACCAUGUGGACGGGCAUGAAAAAUGAAAGGAUGAGAGUGAGUGGUGCUUCCGGCCUGUUGACCUCCAUGAUGACCCUGCUGGUCAGUUUACUGACUGCCCAUGCUCUGACCUAAAGGGAUCAAAGAUAGGCACGAAAGAGUGAACAGAUGAAAAUUGACAUAUUACAUCACAAAAACCUGGAGUGACUCGCCUUUUUCCUGUGAGGGUGCAGGACAAAAAAAGUUUAUAUUUUACAUAUUAUUUGAUAAUACAUCUUGUGACUGGUUCUUGAUUUUGUUUCCUGUGAGAGGUCUUGACUUGUGUUAUGGUGGUUUCUUCUUCAAACAUUAGAGGGCAGCACUGAAUCAAAACUCACUGCACACACACUUUUUUUGUAUCUAUGUUCAUGAUUUGCAUCGUCUGGGCUUUUGCACUGAUUUUUUAUCAGCAUUAAAUCAAUAUCAUUAGUGAUAAUCUACAAUAGUUCAGAUGAAAAUGAUCAAUUGAGUAAUUAACUGGUGAAAUAUGAAUCCUCAGCAAAUCACUCACUCUUUGACAUGUCCUUGUCCAGUGUAUUCCUGUGUUUUGUAUAAGGGUUGUGUCAAAAUAAAGUUGUGGUGACACCAAUCAUUAAAUCUCAAUCUCUCAUAUAAGUAUUUGUAUGCAUGUCAGUCUUUCAUAAUAAGCCUUUUUUAGAGCUUCCCAUUCCUACCUGAUCCGCAUAUUAAAGCGGUUGAUGACCAUUUUUCUAUUUUACAUACUGUAAUAGAGCUGCAAC